AUGCCAUCAAAUGAAGGAAGCACAGAGAUUGGUGAAGAGUGCAGGAAAAGAUCCAGAAAGGCAGGAACAGGAAGACACCAUGAAGGUGUGGCUGACAUUCUGCACAGCAGGGAAACAAUGGAUGUAUGGGCCAAAAAGGUAAGUUUGCAAUCAGUUCCUUUUUCUCCUGUUCUUUUUCAGGACUUCUCAGAUCAGGGAGACAUGCGAGAAGACAUAACCCAGAUUGAAAGUCCAUCUGGAUAA